AUGGCCUUGGUGCAGCGCAUGAGUUCCAUCGUCGGCACCUUCGCAGUCUUUCUGGGCGCCUUGAACUAUUGGAUCGCUCCGACUUGCAAGGUGCACAGUUCCGGGGGGAUCCUCAUCACGGGGGCCUCUUCGGGCAUAGGCCUGGACGCCACCUUGGCCCUGGCGGAGCUGGGCUUCCGGGUCUACGCGGGGGUCCGGUCGGAGCAGGACGCCGCCAAGGUGCGGGGCAGCGGCGGGAGCUUGGGCCCGCGCCCGGUGUUCAUCGACGUGACACGCGAGGACACCGUCGAGCAGGCACGGCUGCGCAUCAAGGAGGAGCUCGACAGCGAGGGCCUGGAGUUUGUGGCUUUGGUGAACUGCGCCGGGGUCACCCGGCGUCUGCCGAUUGAGCUCGAGGAAAUUGAGGCGGUGAGGCAGCUCUACGAGGUGAACGUCUUCGGGGUGCUGAGGGUGACCCAAGCCUUCGUGGACUUGCUGCGCCAGUCGGAGGGCCGCAUCGUGAACAUCGGCUCGAUUGCGGCGCUGCUGCCCCACAAGGGUAGCAGCAGCUAUAGCGGCUCUAAGGCGGCCUUGGAUUCCAUCACGGACUCGUUGCGCAUGGAGCUCUCCCCGUGGAAUAUCUCGGUGAGCAUGAUCCAGCCCGGGUACGUGAGGACGCCCUUCGCGGAAAAGCAGCUGGAGGCGACCAGCGAAGCAUGGAGAAGGGCCGAUCCCGCCACCAGGGCGAAGUAUCAGGACACGAUGAGCGGCUGGGCGGCGGGGCGCAUGGAGGCCCACGAGCUGGCGGACGGCCCGGACCUCGUGACCCAGGCGAUCCUCGAUGCGCUCAUGAACCCCCACCCCAAGACGCGGUAUCAGGUGACCAACGUCCAGGGCUAUCCCACAUGGGUGCUGGCCCUUUUGGGCUGGUUCUUCCCAGAUCGAGUCAAAGAUUCCAUCGUGGCCGGCUUUUGA